UGGAGUCCAUGCAACUCCAAGACAAGCAAACAGAAACAAAUCCGGGGAGUCAGCGAGGGAGGGAGAAAUGUGGAAAGAGCGGGUUCCACCAUCCCCCAUGCUCAGGAGGGGUCUCUGCCCUCGCCCUCAGGGUGGUUUCCCAUCCUUCCCCGGAAUCCUUAAAUCCUCUCUCGCUGAGGGCUCUGGGCAUCUGUCACAGACUUGUCCUGAAACGACAGCUGCUAGUGCAGUCCCUGAGCCAAUGGCGCGGCCCUGGAGCGCUGGGGAGUCACUGCUGCUGGCGCUGCUGCCGCCGCUGGCGUGGCUGGCGCAGGCGGGCCUGGCGCGCGCCGCGGGCUCGGUGCGCCUGGCAGGCGGGCUCACUCUAGGUGGCCUGUUUCCUGUGCACGCGAGGGGCGCAGCCGGCAGGGCUUGCGGUCAGCUGAAGAAGGAGCAGGGCGUACAUCGGCUCGAAGCCAUGCUGUAUGCGCUGGACCGCGUGAACGCUGACCCGGAGCUGCUGCCCGGUGUGCGCCUGGGCGCGCGGUUGCUGGAUACCUGCUCUCGGGACACGUACGCGCUGGAGCAGGCGCUGAGCUUCGUACAGGCGCUGAUCCAAGGCCGUGGCGACGGCGAGGAGGCGAGAGUGCGCUGCCCUGGGGGCGUCCCUCCGCUGCGAGCUGCGCCCCCGGAGCGAGUGGUGGCGGUCGUGGGCGCUUCGGCAAGCUCGGUCUCUAUCAUGGUUGCUAAUGUCCUGCGCCUGUUUGCGAUACCCCAGAUAAGCUAUGCCUCCACGGCGCCAGAGCUCAGCGACUCCACACGCUUCGACUUCUUCUCCCGAGUGGUGCCACCUGACUCCUACCAGGCCCAGGCUAUGGUGGACAUUGUGCGGGCACUGGGAUGGAACUAUGUGUCUACUUUGGCCUCUGAAGGCAACUAUGGCGAGAGCGGUGUUGAGGCCUUUGUGCAGAUUUCCAGGGAGGCUGGGGGGGUCUGUAUUGCCCAGUCCAUCAAGAUUCCCAGGGAACCAAAGCCAGGAGAAUUCAACAAGGUGAUCAGGAGACUCAUGGAGACACCCAACGCACGAGGGAUCAUCAUCUUUGCCAAUGAGGAUGACAUCAGGAGGGUCCUGGAGGCAGCACGCCAGGCCAACCUGACUGGGCACUUCUUGUGGGUUGGCUCAGACAGCUGGGGAUCCAAGAUCGCACCCAUUCUGAACCUAGAGGAUGUGGCUGUGGGGGCUAUCACUAUCCUGCCCAAAAGGGCCUCCAUUGACGGAUUUGACCAAUACUUUAUGACUCGCUCCCUGGAGAACAACCGCAGGAAUAUCUGGUUUGCUGAGUUCUGGGAAGAAAAUUUUAACUGCAAACUGACCAGUUCAGGUAGCCAGUCAGAUGAUACCACCCGCAAAUGCACAGGUGAAGAACGCAUCGGCCAGGACUCUGCCUACGAGCAGGAGGGGAAGGUGCAGUUUGUGAUUGAUGCCGUGUACGCCAUUGCCCACGCCCUCCACAGCAUGCACCAGGCGCUGUGCCCUGGGCAUAUAGGCCUGUGCCCAGCAAUGGAACCCACUGAUGGCCGGACACUGCUACAGUAUAUUCGAGCUGUCCGCUUUAAUGGCAGCGCGGGAACCCCAGUGAUGUUCAAUGAGAAUGGAGAUGCGCCCGGGCGAUACGACAUCUUCCAGUACCAGGCAACAAAUGGCAGUGCCAGCAGUGGCGGGUACCAGGCUGUGGGCCAAUGGGCAGAGGUCCUCAGGCUGGACGUAAGUGGCACAGACCAAGGUCUGGGGGUAGGUGAUGGGCCCUUAAUUCCUGGUAGUAGAGGUCACUGGCCUGUUUCAUCUAUCCAGGUGGAAGCCCUGCAGUGGUCAGGCGACCCACGCGAGGUUCCCAUUUCCCAAUGCAGCCUCCCCUGUGUGCCCGGUGAGCGUAAAAAGAUGGUGAAGGGUGUUCCCUGUUGUUGGCACUGCGAGGCCUGCGAUGGGUACCGCUUCCAGGUGGAUGAGUUCACCUGUGAGGCCUGUCCCGGGGACAUGAGGCCCACGCCCAAUCACACCGGCUGCCGCCCCACGCCCGUGGUGCGCCUGACCUGGUCCUCCCCCUGGGCUGCCCCGCCCCUCCUCCUGGCCGUGCUGGGGAUCAUGGCCACCACCACGGUGGUGGCCACCUUUGUGCGGCACAACAACACCCCCAUCGUCCGCGCUUCUGGCCGCGAGCUCAGCUACGUGCUCCUCACCGGUAUCUUCCUCAUCUAUGCCAUCACCUUCCUCAUGGUGGCAGAGCCGGGGGACGCCGUCUGUGCCGCCCGCAGGCUCUUCCUGGGCCUGGGCACCACUCUCAGCUACUCCGCCUUGCUCACCAAGACCAACCGCAUCUACCGGAUCUUUGAGCAAGGGAAGCGCUCGGUCACACCCCCGCCUUUCAUCAGCCCCACCUCGCAGCUCCUCAUCACCUUCAGCCUCACCUCCCUGCAGGUGGUGGGUGUGAUAGCAUGGCUGGGGGCCCAGCCCCCACACAGCAUUAUUGACUACGAGGAACAGCGGACGGUGGACCCGGAGCAGGCCAGAGGGGUGCUCAAGUGUGACAUGUCGGAUCUGUCUCUCAUCGGCUGCCUGGGCUACAGCCUCCUGCUCAUGGUCACGUGCACUGUGUAUGCCAUCAAGGCUCGCGGUGUGCCUGAGACCUUCAAUGAGGCCAAGCCCAUUGGCUUCACCAUGUACACCACCUGCAUCAUCUGGCUGGCUUUUGUGCCUAUCUUCUUUGGCACUGCCCAGUCAGCUGAAAAGAUCUACAUCCAGACCACUACACUGACUGUGUCCUUGAGCCUGAGUGCAUCGGUGUCCCUCGGCAUGCUCUACGUGCCCAAGACCUACGUCAUCCUGUUCCAUCCAGAGCAGAACGUGCAGAAGCGGAAGCGGAGCCUCAAGGCAACCUCCGCUGCGGCCGCCCCACCCAAGGGCGAGAACGCAGAGGACCCCAAGUAGCAGGGUGGUGUGUGAAUGGGGCUGGCUGCUCUCUCUUCUCCUCUGUCCCCCGCUUCCUAGUGGGAGCUGUAGAGUCUGGGUCCACAGUGAACAAUCAGAGGCAGAGUUUAUGAAGCCCAUACCCAGCACAGAUGGGCUGGCCUUAAAAAAGAACUGGAGCCUCACUUUACAUUUGAGCUCUGCUUUUCUAUGUAUGUUGGCUUCAUAUUUCCUUCCUGCAGAUCAGACUUUCUACGCAAGGUAGGAAAUAGUUACUGACAGAAUUCUACCUCUAGAGAGGGACUAAACUCACUCUCUGGUUUGAAGUUCAGAGAUCAUGAUUAAGCCCCAGGGUGAGUUUCCACUCCUCAAACAACCACCGUAACCUGAGGAGUGGGCAUUGCGUAAGACCCUGUCAAUCCCAGGAUGAACUCCGGGGUUGGAGUUAAGGGGAAGCAGUCUCCAAUGAGAGGACACCUAUGGGUCUGUACUCCGACCUGAGUAACUUGGGCUCCAGUAAUACUCUGCUCCUAUAGAGGGACAAACCCUGGGGAGAGCGACCUGUGAGCAGAGAUGGAGCUGUGGCAGACACCAAAGUGAGCCAAGAAAUUGGUGCACACUUUCCCGUGGGAUCUUUUCCCAUGUACACUCCCUUAAAUUGCCCAACCUUAAGAAAUUCCAAUGCACUUCUGUGGGUUAGUGGUGUGAGGAACAGGAUGGUAUUUGCUGCCCUCUGAUGGCUGUGUGGGGUUGUGUUCAGGAGGUCCCCGUAGGGACCAAUGACGAGUUGUCUCUAGGGUGAGGACUGAUUCCAAGCACAUAACAUAGGAUGAACACAAACAUGUUUCUUUCCCAAUAUUUUCUGGGAGGUCGUUUUGGAAAGGUGAGCAUGAGGCGUGGGGAGGAAGAUGCUUGGAGUACAAGACACAUGGGAGUUUAGUUUCUGAUACUCUUGAAAACAGCUGGGUUUCAGUUAUGGAACUUUGUUUCCCUGGGGGAAUUUAAAUGUAUUAAGUUGACUUUGGUUUACCAUGGAUUCUCUAGCAUUUAAUGUCUGGAACUAAUUUGUCGACACUGAAGAACACUUCAUGCAGAUUCUCUGAUGCACCAUGAGUUUUUGACCUUGGGGCUCAGUGAUUCUACGUUCUGAAAUUAACAGGGCUUCUCUUCAGAAUAACAUUUCAGGUGUACAGAUUCUCCUUCCUUACUUUUGUUGUGUUCCUGGGGUGUUCCAUAGUGUGAAUUAUGAAGUUUCAUUUAUUGCUGUCAAAAUUCAUUUUGUAGGACUUCUUUCCUGUGUGGGUAACCUCAUGUGUAAUGUUUUCUUGGUAAAAGCCUUUUCAACAUUAGUGCUUUGAUAGGGUUUUGUUUUCCUAUAUAUUUAGAGUAAAUGAGCUCUGAUCUCCAAAUGAAGUUUUCCUCAACUGUUUCUUCCAAUAUAAAUUCUCUGAUGUACUGAGUUUUGAUUUAUAGUUUUUUCUUCCCCUGAUAUUGGAGCACUUUGUCAUUGAGCUACAUCCCCAGCCCUUUAAUUUUUUAUUUUGAGACACGGUCUCACUAAGUUGCCAAGGCUGACCUUGAACUUGAAAUCUUCCUGUUUCAGCCUCCUGUAGACACUUUAAAACAUGUUUUUUUUUUGGUAAGGUUUUCCCCAUUCUAGACUCUGUUGACUUAAAGUUAGAAUGACUUCUUAGUAAAAGUAUUUUCAUGUUGACUGCAUUUUAGAAUUUCUCCCCAAUGUGAGAGGUUUCUUAUUUAUUCUGGAUUCUGGCCAAAGAUUUUCACAUACUCCCUACCCUCAUCCUCCCUGGCUCUUUGAUGGUAAUUGUUUUUUCUUCCCUAAGUGCUGGGGAUGGAACCCAGGAUCUAAUGCAUGCUAGACAAAUGCUCUACUUGUUGAACACUGAACAGUGCCCCAGUCCCUGAUGGGAACUCUCUGAAUGAGUUCCCACUUCCUCUAUGGGCUCUGUCACAUGCAGUUUACUUGCAGGUUAUCUCCACAACAUGAACUAUUUUGUGUACUGUGGGGCAUCCUCUAUUAUUAAAGGGGUUCUCAUAUUUAGUACAGUCAUGGGGUUUCUCUCCUUUCAGAAUUCAAUGCACUUCAAAGGGAUAAUUUCUAUAAGAGGGCUUUUCCAUAUUCAGUGUAUAUAAAAUUUCCUCCUUUCCUCUUUGUGUGUGUGUGUUUGUGUGUUUUCACGGGAGGCCUGACAAUACCCUAAAGAUUUCCCCAUAGUUUUUUGCUGCCUAGUUUUGAAUUCCCUGAUGUUCAAUCAAACUAACUCCUGAAUAAAGUUGCAUUUUUUUCAAAG